CAUUGGUGCAUAAGCGCUGCAGAGUCUUAGCAAGGAGCAAGUAACAAAUUUAGGCUAAAAGUGUACCAAACUACUGUGUGGGAAACAUGGCUCAAAAACAUAUCACCAAACUGAUGAUGGAGUUCAUCUACCGGAACGUUAAUACCGAACCGGAAACGCAAAGCGAACAGGCGGACAAGUUCGUUGUUGCAGAAUCGCAAAUGCAAGUGAUAAACAUACUCGGAUUUGUGAUGGGUUAUGUAGAUAAGAACCUGGAUGAUUUGGCCAAGUUCGAAAGCAAGGAUCUGCUGGAUGAAAAAGCCCGCAAAGCGCUGCUUCCCAUCGUCGAGCGUAUGCCGUCUUUCGAGUUUAUGAUUAUUCCACUGGUGCUUGUCCGUGAAGCGGAAGGUCUUUCCCUCGUGCCACUGUUGCGUGUUCGUAAGCCGAAAACACGAUCUGUCUCGUACCUGGACUUCAACCUGCGGCUUUACGAUGACUUUCCCAAGUUCCUGGAGUCGAACAGAAUGCCCCCGUGCCAGCUGUGGUUUCCAACCGAUGGAGUGAUACAGUUUAACGAGUGUCACGAACUGCUCGUGUCCAGUUGCACUAUCGAAAAGCGAAAAAUUGAGACAUUGAAAACAAUCGCAGCCGUGGGUGGUGCCGCUGCGUCGGGGCUGCUGUUGGCACCGAUCGCUCCAGUGGUAGCCAUGCCGCUAGCUGUGCUGGCUAACGUACCCUUGCUCGGGUUUUCCAUUGCGGACCUGGUGGACGGGUGCAAACAUGAGCGAGGGACGGUGGUUUUCGGUCGCAGUGCUGCCCUGGUGGUAAACCUGGUAGCUUUUUCGAGCGUCGGUUUGACGGCGGCCAGUAAGGUAACCCGCCUGCGGAACGCCCUGUCGCCGGAGAAGCUGCUGCUGCUUGAACAAGCGGAAGCCUUCAUGAAGGUAACGGCUAAGGUCACUUCCACCGCAAACACCGUAUACUCAAUCAUCAGUUGCGUGAACGGCUGGCAGCAACUGGAUGCCAAGGAAUGGGUGGCAGUCGCGACAAACCUUUGCUUUGCGUUCCGCGAAAUAAUUACAGCGGCGAAUGCGGCCGCACUGUUUAUAGGAAUGCAAAAGCACGGAGUAGAACGAUUUUUCCUCACUUAUUGCACCAACUUGGCACGUGACACCAUUAGGAGCAAGCUUCCUAAUUGGUUUCCUCAAUUGCUGGAUUUAGCGGUUAACUACUUUCCUUCGCUAAAGGAUGUGAAGUUUAGCGUAGACGACCAGUUUAUCACGCUCCGGCUGUUCGGAUACGAGUUUAAAUUUGAAACUCUGUUUAAGCUCCAGAUAACUGCAAUUCGAAAACUUCUGAACUACGUGGGAAGCUACUUUGAUCCGAUCAAGAAGAUAUGCUCACUGAAAAAUGGAGUCUUUACGCAGGAGAUCAUUGAUGGGUUGAUUACCCUUAUGAUAUUGGUUGGAAAGCUCAACAAUGUGCCCUGCGAAUUGGGUGAGUACAUCACCAUUGGCAAAGGACAUCUACUCACGUUCGGUACACUGCUGGCUUGGUGGAAUGCGCCGAGCCACAACCGGCUAGAGCUACUGAAAGCACUUGUUGAGCUCAAGAAGGAGGAAACGAAGCAGUUGAACACGAUCCGCUCUACUAGACUCGGGCCGGAUGGCGAUACAAUAUUUUUCCAUUGGUUAAUUAACGGACACACUGAUAAUAGCUAUUGCUAUUCACGCGCCUUACGCUUCUUACUUGAUAUGGCCCAAAGGACUGCAAACAAACCGAUCGUUUUCGACGGCUCCCGCAUCGUGUACAACCACCUACUGUCGCUUGACGCGCACGACUGGGAUCAUAUUAGAACGAAAGAUGAGGUGUUUUUUAAUGCUCAAUUUGUGCAGCUUUGCAAACGUAUCGAAGACCAACAAACGACCGCUCAAAAGCUUGUCCUCCUUGGGCGCGCCAAAAGGGCCUGGAUAAAUACGUUCACUCUUCCACACAAAAGUCAACAUCUCGAAACACUUUCGCUGCUGGAGAAAAUGUUCACUCGUUCGCAGGCCCAAAAGCCGCCGCUGACGCUGGCCGAAGCGCUUGAUUACGCGCUGAACCACGAAUCACCCACCGUCGGAACGGUGUACUACAGUGUGCUGUUCGCCUGGAGCGUACUGGCCAAGGAGAAAAGCAGUGGUGCACAUGAUUGGGCCGCCAUAAUGGCAUGCUUUUGUCAACUUCAGUGCGAUGCGGCCGCGCUCAAAAUGGAUCAAACCAUGAGCCUGCAAGUCUCGCAUUCGCUUCAGACUGAAGCGGAUAUGGAAAAGCAACUGAUAGAGAUUGGACGUCUGGCGGUGAAGUUCAUUAAAUAUGGUGAAAAGUACACGAAUACGGAAGAUCUCUACUUCGGUUCGCGGGAACGGGCUGCCUGCUGGCUUCACCUGUUGCCGGCCCUGCGUCACAAGGCAGGUCGAGAGCAAUUUAACAGCACCGUACGUUAUCUGCUGAAGAACGGCGAGGCCAAGGUGCUCCUUAACGAAGACGACGGCGACGAUACUGGCAAGACGGAAGGUACACAUCAUGUCAUGUUCUAUAGUGGAAAGAAUAGAAUUGUGCUUGAGCUGAUUCCCACCUGUAGCAACUACCUUUGGUUAGCUUCCAUCCAAUUGUGUAGCUUUUCUUUCAAAAUCAGAACAAACGCCUCAACGUCGGUGAGUAAUGAUUGAAGUGCCUUAACACAAAGAUAACCCAACAGUCUGCAGAGCGUCAUAUUUGAACAUGCAUUAAAAGAAGAUAUUAGAAUUUUUAUCUAUUAUUAUUUAAUUUGAAUAAAAACGCGUAUCAUUUACACAAAAUGCAGAAGAUGUACGGACAAAAUGAUUGGCUCCACAUCAUU